CUAAGUGGGUAAGACGCUGGCUCGCUAGCCAGGAGGUAGGGUGUUCGAUCCCUGCAUAAUUGGCCGAGAAAGUUCAUACAGAUUUUCCGGCGUGUUCUCCCUUGCAGUGAUGCAGGGCGGAGGGCUGACAAGUCUCUACGAUCAUGGGAACUGCAGUAGAGACUGUUGGAGAAGCGGGUAUUCUUCAUGCUAGAUCAGGGACCAAUAAUUCAGCAGAGGCUACAAUAUGUAUAGCAUAUAAUCCUCUAUAUCAUUCAUUGCCUACAGAAGCAGAAUUUUCGAAAACACACCUGUUAGCUGAUUUUUCCGAUUCAUAUGGCUGUUCAAAUAUUUAUGGUAAAAACUCUGUUGAAAAUAAAAUAGUAGCUGUGCUUCGAGGAAACUGUACAUUUGCUGAAAAAGCUGAAUAUGUCCAAGACGGUCUGGGUUCCGGCGCCUUGUUUGUCGGAUAUGAAAAUGGAACUGGAUUUACUGUACCAGGAGCACGGACAGAUGAUGACUACAAUAAGAUAAACAUCACCAUGGCAUUUAUUAUGUGGAAAGAUUAUCAGACUGUUAGGAAAUUAGGAAAGUCUGUGUAUAUAGCCGUGUAUUCUCCUGAAUCACCAAAAUUAGAUCCAAACAUGGCUUGUAUCUUUCUUAUUGCUGUACUGUGUGUUGGUGUUGGAGCCUAUUGGUCUGGUGUUGUUAAACAUGAAGGAGUGAAAAGUAAAUUUGGGUCUGAUGAUGAGAAGGAUGAUGAUGCUGUAGACCUGUCACCAGUAACUCUAUUGAUAUUAGUUAUAUUAUUGUGUGGAAUGCUGGUAUCUCUGUAUUUCUUCUAUGAUUAUCUUGUAUAUGCCAUGAUAGGUUUGUUUACGUUAGCUGGAUCUGUUGGUCUAUAUUUUUGUGCUCAGCCUCUGUGGAAGAAACUUAUAUCUUGUGAUUCCAAGCUUCCAUUACAUAGUUUAAAAUGCUGCUGUGAAAAUCCACCAGAAUAUCGUGGUGUGCUCUUGUAUAUAUUGUGCCUGUCAGUUAGUAUAUUUUGGGCUGUUCAAAGACAUGCCAGUUAUGCAUGGAUUCUUCAAAAUAUAUUAGGAGCUGCUUUUUCUAUAAAUAUGUUAAAAACCAUUCGAUUACCAAGUCUUAAAGUGUGUACUGUACUUCUGGUGUUGUUAUUCUUUUAUGAUGUAUUCUUUGUUUUUAUUACACCUUUAUUUACUAAGAACGGUGAAAGUGUUAUGGUUAAAGUGGCUACUGGUGGUAAUAGUGAUACAGGAGAACAGCUUCCUAUGGUCUUUAUUUUCCCAAAGAUACUAACAUCAGCACUAUCAAUAUGUCAGGAUCGACCAUAUUCUUUAUUAGGUUUUGGAGAUGUGCUUGUACCAGGUUUACUUAUAUCUUAUAAUCAUUGGUUUGAUCUACAUGUAGGUAGUUCUAGGAUAUAUUAUAUAGCAUCACUUAUAGCAUACAGUGUAGGAUUAGCAUUUACAUUCUUGGCAUUAGCUUUUAUGGAGAAAGGUCAACCAGCUUUAUUAUAUCUGGUACCAUGCACUCUUAUCGUCACUUUUCUUAUUGCUUGUAAGAGAAAAGAAUUUCGUCAUAUCUGGUCUGGUGAAAAGUGUCCAAAGAAAGAUGAUGACGUUAUAACAAGAGAUUGUGACCCACCUGUUCCUGAAGUAAGCUACCAGGGCUCAGUAAAUAGAGCGAUUUCUACAUCAACUCUUUCAUCUGAUACUGGGGAAGAACGGGGUUUGAUUCGAACAUAACUGCGUUAUGUUUAGACUGUCAUCUAGAAUAACAUGACGCUGUUAAUAAUUUUUAAUUUACCCUGCCAUGGCCUAAGACCAAGGAAAAUUUGUUUUACUCAACUAUUUUAUCUAUAAUUUAGUCACUAAUCAGUGGAUAAUCCAAAAAAUGUGAACUAUAGUCUGAUUGUGACUAUAGUCUGUUUCAGAUUAGUAUAUCAACUUGAGCAGAUACUAUUUUGAAUGACAGCUUGGUUUGAAUGUUAUUUUAUAUUAAUAUCUAUGAAUUAAAUUCACAAACAGUUAAAGGCUUGAUGCGUCAUUUAGCGCUAUAGGAAUCCCUUGCAAACUACAAUAUUCUGAAAGUUAAAUCUCUAAUAGGAAUAUCAUUCCAAAAGUGGUUCAAUUUCAUUGAGUAUUAUCAAAGUUAUGAUAAAUUGAAAAUUCAUCAAGCUAUGUUGCGUAAGAAGACGCCACCAUCUUUUUUUGGUAGCGUGAAAAAAACCUGAUGGACCUAGUUUAAAUCCGAUUAAAUCAAGCAUUAUUAUUUUAAUUUUUUCUUAAUUAAAUGUUAAUUAAUCAAUCUGAGUAACUAUUUAGCAUGUAAUAUGCCUUGAGAAAUUUGAUAUUUUAGCAAAAUUGCUAACGACGCAUUGAGCUUUUAAACUGUUCACAUAAAUCAAAAUAACCCUUUGUCAGCAGGGAAUUAAGUCUCUUGAUAACUACAGACAUCUCAUUAAUUUGGUGACUGCUUUUAACCAAUGGCGGUUUUUUUUUUAUCCCUGUAAUAUAUUUUUAGCUAGUUGACAAACUGAGGGUUAUUAUAUUUUAUUCACCACUUCUUUUAGCUAUCUAACAUAUCGACCACCACUUACCGGGAAUAUUUCUCAUCAACUCUCAUCAACAUUUGUUUUAAAUGCAAAAGCACAGCCAUGUGUUUUUAAAACUAUAUGAAUUCUUUAUAUUAUGAAAAGUGGUUUAAAGUGAUUAGGAAGAGUAGGCAUAAUCUGCCUUGUGUAUAGCACCUGGCGUAAAUCAUGAAACUGCAAUUCUGUGCAAUAUGUGAAUGUGUUUAUUAUCUACUUGUCUCUGAUAUAGACAAUAAUGGUUUUUAUUAACUCUAACCAUUAUAUACCUACAUUAUUUAAGAUAAUCAAUGAGGUUGAAUACAUAGAUCUAAUUACUUCUGAAUAGUUAUUUUAUAUAUAUGUUAAAAUACUGUAAAUAUUUGUAUAUCAAUUGACUAUAUUUAUGUAAUUAAAGACCAGUCAUUUAA